GCCUUUGAGGGGAAAAUUGUUCAAUAAGUACUUUUGAAUGAGUCGUUCUUGAGUUAUUGGGAUCUGCUGGUUUUGGCUUUACCGUUUACACGGGCAAUCAUAAACAAAUCAAUUCCAAAUAGGCGUGGUUAACGUGGAACUUUGUCCUAGACAUCUACCUUGGGACUCUCUACCAUGGCUUUGAGCACAAUCUUCUCCAGAGCCCAAGAAGCAGCCACUUUUCUCAGGGAACGUCUUGAUCCAAGGUUACAAAAACCCAAGGUUGCCAUUGUUUGUGGUUCCGGACUUGGAGGUCUAGCGGAUGCAGUCCACGAACAGCCACGAGUAGAGAUUGAGUACUCUUCGAUACCCUAUUUUCCGCGUUCUACCGUUCAAGGACAUGCAGGAAAGUUACUUUUCGGAUUCCUCGGAACUCAGACAUCGGUUGUUCUCAUGGUUGGCCGGUCACAUUACUAUGAAGGCCACUCCAUAGAGGAUGUAACGUUCCCUAUCCGUGUUCUCAAGCUUCUUGAAGCAGAAACAAUAAUCUUGACCAACGCUGCGGGAGGUCUCAAUCCUGAAUAUGCAGUCGGAGAUAUAACACUUCUCAACGAUCACAUCUUUCUUGCCGGUCUUUCCGGGCUACAUCCUUUGCGUGGACCAAAUGUGGAUGAAUUUGGUGUCCGUUUCCCUCCACUGUCAGAUGCAUACGAUCUGUCACUCCGCCGUUGCGUCCAUACGGCAUGGCAAGGUAUCACAAAGUCGGAGAAAAGGAGACUCCAUGAGGGAGUUUAUGCUUUUGUCUCGGGACCGAGCUACGAGACACGUGCCGAAUGUCGCUUGCUGAGGCAACUCGGCGCAGAUGUGGUAGGCAUGUCCACUGUUCCGGAAAUUAUUGUGGCUAGGCAUGCUGGCAUGCGUGUAUUAGCAUUCAGUCUCGUCACAAACAAUGCUGUUCUCACUCCAGUGCCUCGAGGGGAUGACCACCUCCUUCAAUCGACGUCUAGUGGUGAUCUAGACACUAUCCUAAAGGAAGGAAAGGCGGAUCAUCAAGAAGUCCUCGAGGCUGGGAGACAAGCUGCCCAAGAUAUACAACGGCUUGUCGUGCAAGUCAUCACUGACGUCUUUGAGAAGAACCGAGAUGUAUAGCAAGAUGUCGUUAAAGUAGCUAUCAAUCUCCCACAAUAGUGACAAUAGCUCAACGUCGUCUUUUUGCCCGUAGACGGUUGUAGUAUGCCUUCUUCCCACUGGUCUUGGCGACUUGGAUUUGGUUAUACUUGGUUUUGAAUCGGCCUGACUGUUGCUCUCCAGCAAGAACCUCGUCGACGAAGGUCUGCUUGCGCUCCUUCUUCACAAUACGAGACUUGAAGAAUUCGGUUGGGCCUUCGACAAUAGUUCCAACCUGAGAAUACUCGGGUAUAGCGUUGCCACUCUCUUUUUUGUAAUGUCUGUGCGGGUCUAGGACGUUGCGCAUUCGUAAAAGCUGCAAGUCCCUCUUCAACUCUGUAGUAAUCCUCGUCUUUGGCAAGUUGAACCAAUCACUACCCGCAUUAUCCUUUU